AUGCAAAAACAUAUUGGUUCCACCACAAUCAUCGACGAACCGUUUGAAUGGUCCGACGAUAGUAGUUUAGAGGUGUUUGCGAACGCCAUUGAGUCCGAAGAAGCCGAAAGUUCCACGGCCCGUUCACAUGCGAAACGUAAAGUCGUGAACCGUAACCGUUGGACUGCUUCUGAAAGGUUGCACCGCGACUACUUUUGUGAGGAACCGAAAUAUGAUGAUGAUUUCUUUGAAUAUACGUAUCGUAUGCCUAAAAGACUCUUUCUAAAGAUCGUGCAAGAUCUUGAGUCGAGAUACGCGUAUUUUCAAGACUCGUAUGAUGCCCGGUUGGCCAAGAGUUUUACACCGAUACAGAAGUGCACAUCUGCCAUCCGACAACUUACAACCGGUAAUCCUCCUGAUGAGUACGACGAGUAUUUAGAGAUGGCCGGGAGAACAUCACGUGAAUGUCUUCAAAUUUUUUGUGACGCUAUCGUUGACACUUACAAGACCGAAUAUCUGCGUAAACCAACAACACAUGAUCUCCAUCGUUUGUUUGAAGCACACGAAGAAAGGCAUCACUUGCCUGGAAUGAUCGCGUACAAAUACCCGACAGACGAGAAAGAAAAAAUGUUCAAAACGGCACAAGAGGCGGCUCGCAAAGAUAUUGAACGGGCAUUUGGUGUUCUCAAAGGAAAAUGGCAUAUCAUUGAUCGACCGUUUCGACAACGGUCACUAGGUACAAUAAGGAACUUGGUUUAUGCGUGUGUGAUUCUGCACAACAUGAUCAUUCAGGAUAGUGGUCGUGCGAUUUGCCCGGUUUAUAUAGGAGAUCCAGUUGUCCGCCCAAGUAGUCAUUGGGACGCCUUACCGGAGAUACAGGACGAGGAGACACAUUUCCGUCUCCGGUAUGAUCUGACAGACCAUCUAGCGGGUCUAAACUUACCACACCUCCAGCCGAACGAUGAUGACGAGUAG